CGGCGGGCGCGCUGCCGGUAAGCGGGACGGGAGCGAGGGAACCAACGGAGCUGAGGGCGCGCCCGGGCGCGGGGCGCGUGCGUGGGAGAGCUGCGCAUGCGCGCUGUGCCGCCCCGCGCUCUGUUUCGUUCGCGGUGAGGGCGAGCGGCGCGAAUUCGGGAAUCGGCGCAUGCGCAGAGGGCGCGGGACCCGCGUACGGUGGCCGAGCGGGGCCGUGCCGCGCUCGCCUUUUGUCCGGCGGCGGCGGCGGCCGGCGGGAGCGCAGCAGGACACGGCGGGGGAUCCGUCCCAUCCCAGGAAAAUGGGGUCCAAGCAGAUCGCCCAGGAGACGUUUGAUGAUGCAGUGCAGGAGAACAUCACCGAGUUCGAGAUGGAUCCCGAGGAGGCUGUGAGAGAAGCUGUGCAGCAGUUCGAGUCCCAAGGUGUGGACCUGAGCAAUAUUGUGAAAGCUGUGCGACCUCCUGCCUCUGAGAACGGGCAGAGGCAAAAGCAUCAAAUCCUGCUGACCCUGGAGUCGCUGAGCAGAGCCGUGGCGGGGCCGGACGAGGCCGAGGUGCCGCGGCAGCUGUCGGCGCUGGCGGCGCAGUGCAGGGAGCAGCUCGCCUUCCGCUACCUGGCCGGCCGCAACGGCGCCUACCCCGUGCUGCUGUCCGCCUGCCAGCUGGCUGCAGGGGACAGGGAUUUGCUGCUGCAGGCCUUGUCCACGCUGGCUGCCCUGCUGGAUGGGCAGCCCGACCUGCUGGACGCCGCUGGGCAGCAGCUGCUGCUGCGGGAGCUGCGGGAGCGGCGCGAGGACGCGGAGAUGACGCUGGCCGGGAUCCGCUGCGUCAGGCACGCCUGCCUCAAGCACGAGCAGAACAGGCAGGACUUUGUCAAGGGUGGGAUCCUCCCUCUGCUCACCGGGGCCAUCACCCAGCACGGGCACAGCGCUGAGGUGGUCAGGGCGGCGGCCUCAGCCCUCAGGAUCAUGACGUUCGACGAUGACAUCCGUGUGCCCUUCGGGCACGCCCACGACCACGCCAAGAUGAUUGUCCUGGAGAACGAUGGGUUGAGAGUUCUCAUUGAAGCUGCAAAAGCCUUCAGGGAUAACUCGGGGGUUCUCAGCGAGCUCUGUGCCACCCUGUCCCGCCUCUCUGUCAGGAACGAGUUCUGCCAGGAGAUCGUGGACCUGGGGGGGUUGGAUUUCAUGGUGACCCUGCUGGCUGACUGCAUGGAGCACCCGGACGUGGUGAAGCAGGUGCUCAGCGCCAUCCGCGCCGUGGCCGGCAAUGACGACGUCAAGGACGCCAUCGUGGGCGCGGGGGCCACCGAGCUGAUCGUGCUGGCCAUCAGCCACCACCUGGGCAACCCUCAGAUCUGUGAGCAGGGCUGUGCUGCCCUGUGCGUGCUGGCCCUGCGCAAACCCGAGAACUGCAGCGUCAUCAUGGAGGGCGGCGGGGCCCUGGCAGCUCUGCAGGCCAUGAAGGCCCAUCCCAGAGAGGUGGCUGUGCAGGUAUCUAUGGUCCUGUCACAGCUGUGCAGGUAUCUAUGUCCCUGUCACAUCCCAGAGAGGAAGCUGUGCAGGUAUGGCCCUGUCACACCUGUGCAGAAGCAGGCCUGCAUGCUGAUCCGGAACCUGGUGUCGCGCAGCCGGGACCUGUCGCAGCCCAUCCUGGCCAUGGGCGCCGAGCCGCUCAUCAGCGAGGCGCGCGCCGCGCACCGCGACUGCGACGACGUGGCCAGGGCCGCCCUCCGCGACCUGGGCUGCAAGGUGGAGCUCAGGGAGCUCUGGACUGGCCAGAAGGGGAGCCUGGCUCAGUGAAUCCUGCCUCAGUGAAUCCUCUUUCCACCGAGCACGGGAGAUCCGAGGCGCCUCUGCGAUCUCGUGGGAGGUUCUGCUGUUGGAUUGUUGCCCCGAAGCAAACGCGGCUUGGGACAGGCUGCAGGGAACUUUUUGGGUUUUUGUUUUUUUUAAUCCCAUCCCCCCCCACGGGAGCUACAGCUGAAAUGGCUUUUCUGCAUUCACGGGCUGCAAAAUCAACUCUGUGUAGUGAUCGUUCCCUGGGUCAUCUCAUGGCUGAAGGUGAUCUGCUCUCCCCUGUGUGCAGCACGGGGCUGUUGUCCCCAUGAGAGUGGCUCUCUCCUGCCAGAGUUUGGCUGCUGGUUCCCAUUUGUCCCCCUGGUCAGGGGCUGGAUGAGGAGGAAUCCCCCAGCAUUUGUGAAUGUGCUCUCCCUGUCCCAUUCCCCUCUUCUUUUACUGCUGACCCCACUCUUGUGUCGCUGCUUUGUUUGGGAUUUUUCUGCCAGCCUAACAUUUUAAACAAAAAAAAAAACAGCAAAGUGAGGAUUUGGGAUAACAUCCAAAGGAACUGUUGGCAUCCAGGAGGAAAGUUCACGAGGAGCAGGGCAGGGACUGGCAGUGUGGUGGGAAUCCCAAAGUGGGGCUGAGCUGGCUGCAGGCAGCGCUGGGAAUCCCUUUGCCACCUCUCAGCACCUCCCUGCACCCAGGAAUCAUUUCAUGGCCGAGAACCUCGAGGACCUGAGGCAAAACUGUGGAUUUGUGGGCUCUGAAAGGCUCUGAAGUUUCUCUGAAGGCUUUUGUGCCAGCCUGAGCCUUCCUGCGCCGCUGCCGCCGCUGUUUUUGUGAGUGGAUGUUUUUAAUGUGAUAUUCUCUGUAGAAAUGGUGACCUUAUAAAAACAUACAAACCUUC